AAAAAGAAAGUGGAAUUAGCUUUAUUUUUUAUGAUGUUAAAAGUUAUCAUAUAUGCAGCAUAUAUGAAUAACUCUGGAUACACACAUGCGCGCGGAUGCAUGUGCGCGCGCACACACACACACACGCCUAAUACCCAGGUUGUUCCAUUCUUAUCCUGACAGCACGGGAUAUAUCUGCAGGAGGCAGAGCUUGUGAACAUGCUUAAUAACUAUCUCAUGCCUAAAUACUGCACAAUACGCCAUCACACGGCCACAGCACAGCUUGUUUAAGCUGCCUCGUACCCAUGGACCUGUAGGGACUUCCUGGUACUUCUCUGUUACAUAUCAACUGUGGCGACUUUCUUAUUCAUGAAUAUUCAGGAACACUGUAAUUACUAAUAACUCCUGGAUAUGGACCUCCUGCAUUACGGACAAAGGUUUGGAAAGGCUUUUCCUAGAUUCUGCCCAAUAGUCCCCAGAAGAACCAUCGAAAUUUGCCUGUAUGUUUUCUUGUGCCAGUAGCAGGAAUCACCUCCACAUUUUGCACUGAAACCCAAAGCCCACUGAGGCCUUUGCUGGCACUAGGUGUUAGCAUACAUUGGUUUAAAAACAAAGUCUGAUCCAGCUCUGCCAAGUCACCAGUACAGUGGCUUGGACUAAAAGGCUUUGCAGGUAUUUGAGUGCUGGCUUUUCUUUAAUCAGUUUGGGUGUGGAAUCAUGACAGAUGUUCAUACAUUGAAUUUGGAAAGUGGGUGGCUGAGCUCUUGGAACGUUUGUCUGGGAAUGUGUCAUAAGCUUUGCAAACAGGUAGAUGCAGGAGUAGGCCUGGAAAGAUGCCAGGAAGGGCCCUGCCCCUGGCACACUACCAACCCAUUCUGAAUGGUUAUGCUUAGGAUCCCCGUCCCUGCUCCUCUAACACACUGCGGAGUGUCAUCUGCUCCGAGACAUACCAAGAUACCAGAGGGACCAGACGUCAGAAGGAAAAAAAAAAGGAGGGGGCGGGAUGUUCCAGUGGGAAUUCCAUUUUUCCUGGCUCUUCCCAUAAAAUUAAUGCUGCCAGGGUGCAGUGAGAGCGAACGAGUGACAGGGCAGAGGCAGAGCGCAGGUCCCAGAGAUGCGACCCAACCAGUUGCGAGGUGCUCUCCUUUUCCCCAGAUACCAUGAACAGGAUCAGCGAAGUGGUGAAGCAGGCCUGGGCCGCCUUCACCUCCGGUCAGACGCGCCCGCUGCAGUUCCGGAUCCAGCAGCUGGAGGCGCUGCAGCGCACGAUCAAGGAGUGAGGGCCGGACAUCACUGGCGCGCUGCCGGCCGAUCUGCGCAAGAAUGAAUGGACCACCUACUAUGAGGAGAUGGUGUAUGUCCCGGAAGAGAUUGAGCACAUGAUCAAGAAUCUCUCUGAGUGGGCUGCAGAUGAGCCUGUGGAGAAGGCUCCCCAGAUGCAGCAGGAUGAGUCCUACAUCCACUCAGAGCCCCUGGGUGUGGUCCUCAUCAUUGGUGCCUGGAACUACCCCUUCAACCUUAUCGUUCAGCCCAUGGUGGGCGCUAUUGCUGCAGGGAAUGCAGUGGUCCUCAAGCCCUCAGAGCUAAGUGAGAACAUGACGAAUCUGCUGGCCACCAUCAUCCCUCAGUAUCUGGACAAGGAUCUGUACCCAGUGAUCAACGGGGGUGUCCCUGAGACCACAGAGGUGCUCAAAGAGCGAUUCGACCACAUCUUGUUCACGGGCAGCACAGCUGUAGGGAAGAUUGUCAUGGCAGCUGCUGCCAAGCACCUGACCCCCACCACACUGGAGCUAGGAGGAAAGAGCCCCUCCUACGUGGACAAGGACUGUGAUCUGGACUGUAGCUCACUUGGCAGUUUUCAUAGAUGCAUCGCCUGGGGAAAAUUCACGAACAGCGGCCAGACCUGUGUGGCCCCUGACUACAUUCUGUGUGACCCCUUGAUCCAGAACCAAAUCGUGGAGAAGCUCAAAAAGUCACUGAAGGAGUUUUAUGGGGAAGAUGCCAAGAAGUCCCAUGAUUAUGGAAGAAUCAUCAAUGCCUGACACUUCCAGAGGGUGAUGGGCUUGAUUAGGGGCCAGAAAGUGGCUCAUGGUGGCACUGGAGAAGAAGCCUCCCGCUACAUAGCCCCCACAAUCCUCAUGGAUGUGGACCCUCAGUCCCCAGUGUUGCAGGAGGAGAUCUUUGGACCAGUGAUGCCCAUUGUGUGUGUGCAUAGCCUGGAGGAAGCCGUUCAGUUCAUCAACCGGUGCAAGAAGCCGCUGGCUCUCUAUGUGUUCUCCAGUAAUGACAAGGUGAUUAAGAAGAUGAUUGCAGAGACCUAGAGUGGUGGGGUGACAGCCAACGAUGUCAUUGUCCACAUCACCAUACACUCCCUGCCCUUUGGGGGCGUGGAGCACAGUGGCAUGGGGGCCUAGCAUGGCAAGAAGAGCUUUGAGACCUUCUCCCACUGUCGUUCCUGCUUGGUGAGGUCUCUGCAGAAUGAUGAAGCCCACAAGGUCAGGUGCCCACCAAGCCUAGCCAAGGUGAGAAGCAGGAGGGGAUGUCAGAGAGAGUGGGCUGUACAGGACAUCGGCAAGUCCCUGGUGCUCACUGCCCCCUCCCUGUCCUUCUGUAGAUGCCCCAGCAUUGAGGAGGCUGCUCCAGUUGACCCAUCUGUGCUUGCACCCGCUGUGGGGUGA